AUGGACUUUCUUAAUAAUUCAUUAUUUUCAAGACUAUCACCCAGUCCCAGUCCAACUCCUGAGACUAAGAAGACAGUUAAAGGGACACCUUCCGUCAUAAGCGAAUAUGUCUAUAAUGAUAUUCAAUUGGUAAAGCAACAAAUAAAAACCUUUAAUGGGAAAACUGGAAUAUUUCAAAGCAAUUCCUUUUAUUAUAAAAUCUUCAAACUUAUUGAAAAUAAUCAAUCAUCAGAAUUGAACAACCUUAAAUGUAAGUACAAACACAAUUUCACCAAUGAUUAUUACAAGAACUUACUACAAUUAUAUAAGAGAUUCUUGGAAGAGUUAGAUGACUUCUUUAUGAUCUUACAAAACAAUUAUCACAAUGGUUUGGUCAAAGAUAGAAGCCGCAAAAAUAGUAUGGGAAGUCGAAACAGUGAUAAUAAAGAUGAAGAAGCCCCAGAAGAAUUAAUUGAUCCUUUAACAUAUGAACUUUUCAAAGAUCCCGUUAUAACCCCAAGUGGGAUUACUUAUGAAAAAGCCAUUAUAUUAGAACAUUUGAAUAAGAAUGGACAAUUUGAUCCAUUAACGAGAAAUAGUUUGCACCCAAAUGACUUGUAUCCCAAUUUAGCCAUAAAAAACUCCGUUAAUACUUUCAUCAACGACCUGGUUUAA